AUGGCUCCUUCAGAAGCAUACAUUUUGAGCAGUUUCCUUCUGUCUCCCGGUUCCUUACCGACGGUCAUCUCGUUGCAGCAGUUUACGGAAUUAUUCCCCAAAAGACUGCGCUCUCACCCGCAUGUCAAAACGCUCUAUCGAGAACUGCAGGAGAUCCGAGACCAGGAUCUGAACGUAGUCAACGGGAACAUUGACCAAGAAACCAAGAAUGGCGAGAAGCAAAAAGAGGAACUUCGAAAGGCCAUCGUGAAGACCGGCAUCGAGGACAUGAACGAGCAUGACCGACGAGAAAUGGAUAUGGAUGUUCAACUGUUCGGACAGAAGACAGAUUUUGCGUCUUCCUCUGAGGAAUAUCAUUCCGUGUCGAGCCUUUUGUCGGAAAUGGAAUUGGCUUGUACGAACAUUGAGCAUGACAUUUCUAGAAUUGACCAGGACGCAGUUGCGAUUACGUCCGAACUCAACACGACCGUGAGUGAUUUGAGUGACCUGCGAUACGGCAAAAUGCAAGGUCCCGGUAGUGCAGAUCAUGUCGUGGACCAGGCAAUACAGGGCCUUGCUAACUUGGAAGAUGCCUGUUAUCGCACGGCGUGA